AAAAGAAAGGCUAAUCAACCAUCGGAAAGUCAGAAACGUGAACAUAGGGCAACCGUUACUUUAUACAUACAUCUACAAAACACAUAACACAUCUACCCUCAAACCUCAACCAUACUCUAACGUAAGUUGGUAUAUAUUGUUAGUGUUGGUAUUAAUUCCAAAUUUCUUAAAAAAUGAAUGUAGCAGUUGUAAACAGCACCACCGUGACAGAUUUUGUCAAUGACACAACAAAUUUCGAUAGUUUCGUGAAGGAAUGGUUUGCAAUGCUAGAUGCCAAUGGUGACGGUAACCUUUCGCGUGAUGAAAUUCGUGGUGGAUUUGCAUGGUUUAUGCCUUUAGGCUCCCAUUCACAGUCACAAGAAGAGAUUGAUCGCAUAUUGGAAUUGAUAUUCACAAGAUUUGAUGAAGAUCAAAAUGAUUCACUCGAUUUAAAUGGGUUUAAAUCGUUAAUGACGGAAAUUAUGAAUGCCGUUGCUCGUGGGAUUGGUGGCUCUCCUAUUAUUGUUGUUCUUGAAAAAGAUAGCUUGCUUAUGAAGGCAGUUCAACGUGAAUUGGCAUCACAAUCAUAUCCUUCAUGAAUUAUAAUUAUGAUUAUGUUCAUUGGUUUUUAUUCCUUGCAAAAAAUGUAUCAUUUCUUGAACAUUUUUAAUUUAAUUUGUGGGUGUAUGAUAGAUUCUCUAAGCAUGUUGAAUUUUGUCAAAUUAAUAUAAUGCUUUUUACAAUUCAGAAAAGAUUAAAUAUCAGAUUAUGGACAGGGAUAUGCAUGACUAAUUGUUGAAUUUUAUCUUGGCUUGAUUUGAUAUUGAGAGUUUAAAGUUUGAACUUUGAAGCACUGGUAGAUUGAAAGGGAGAAAUUAUUGAGAUUUCUUUUUUGUUCCGAUUUGGAUGCACGGCAGAGAUUGCUUUGUGACUAAUGCAAAUUUCAAAGCAUAAUUUCGGCUGCAGAUUAAAAAUGUUGGUCGAGUAUAGUUGAAAAGAGUGUUCCUAAUACUUCUCAUGUACUAAACUGUAAAACUAUUAUAUUAUCUUUUGCUUAUUUAUAGUGUUUCCUUAAUUUAUGAGAAAUGGGCAAAUGUGACAGUAGUUGAGAAUGUUAAAAAAUCACAUUGGUGGAGAAUUUGGAGCAGCAAAAAGAGCAAAAAGUAAGAGAGUAUUUACAUAUUAUUUUUAUGGUAUUGUUCGCUCGGUUCCUAACACAGCUCUUCCAAAAUGGUGUCAUUACAACUGGUUUAUGAUACACGGGUUGACCAUAGUUUUCGACAGUUUUCUUAAACUUCAGUACAGAACCGGCUGAGCAGUGCCCAAGACGCUCGUACUCAAGUUUUUGCUCAAAAAGAUACUGUUGUUGAUUUUACAUUCAUUGCUUUAGAUUAUUUGGUCAAUGAAUAAUGAAUGUAUGUUCUCCCAUAAAGUUACAAAGGUGUUGGUUGCAAUUUUCCAUUUAAAAAUGUAUUGGUUGCAAUUGUUCAUAUUAAGAUCUAGUAUAUUAUAUUUAAACACUCUCCUAUUAAAUUUUAAAAUAA